AUAUAAAACAAAGAAAUGAUAUAAAAAUUAUAACAUUUGUUUACAAUUAGUGUAUGUUAUGAUAUAUGGGCGCCAAAAGUGGCGUAAUAUUAGUGGUAAUGCCUUAGGCGGACGUAUAGUUUGAUAGCACCUGUCUUUUUGGUGGACCUUAAGAGACAAUAGUUUAGUUAAUGAUUAUUACUGUUAUUAAUAAAUGGCAUCUGUUUUUAAAUUGACCCCAAAUGCCAUUUACGCCACUGAAGCGCACCGGUAGGCGACAGGAACUGCUUUAAAAAGCAUAGAUAUUGGAGACACGUUUAGUACGUAUAUGUUAUGCCGGUAUUAAAGCACAAGUGUUGUGUGGGACAGACACUACAGCGCACGCCUAUAGCUGUGAAGCCAAGUGUGGGCUAUAGAGAGAGGGCUUCGCAGGCAUACAGUCGAGACAUUGCAUACAUUGCUCUGUUAGCUAUCCUUACAGACAGACAUUCACUUUAAAUAGACGUCUAUAGACUAUACCCUUGUGUUACGCAAUCAUACUUUAUAUAGACUUAGCUAUUAUUGUAGUCUACUAUCGGAGCGCUUAAUACAAAUCAAUAGUUGAAUGCAAAAUAAUAUCAUCUAAUUUGGUAUUCAUUUGCAGACAAAAUGCCGGUCAGAAUUGAUUCAAGUGUUUUCACAUUUCAAACACAUCCCUGUUUUGAUUGCGAUGUCUUAAAUGAACUAAAAGACAUCUCCGAAGAGUUUACCACUGAAGAUAUGACUGACAUAUGUCUGUCUCCGUGUGAAGACAUAUGGAAGAAGUUUGACGAUUGUUUGCUAACACCUCCACAAUCACCACCACUUAGACUUGAUUUGGUGUCUGAUUUGGUUGACUUUACUGAUGGCGAUAGUUUGUCGAUGACUGAAAGCUCAAUGUUACACAACGCUGAUGUCUUACAUGACUGUAUGUGGUCGGGACAGUGUGUUGAAGACAAUAUUAUUGGCUGUUCAAGACAUAGAUGUAAUUCUAAUGCUAUUCGCAUCUGUGGUCGCAACCAUACGAGACCCGAUACACCUUUCAAUACACUAUCGACUUCACCAUUGAUGUCACACACAUUUACUGACAUAUUAUCAACAAUGAGUAGUGACAAUUCAAACGACGAUAUGGAUGACAGUCAGUCUUCAAUGGAUGAAGACUUUAGCAGUGGUGCCGAGUCUUCUUCACAAUCGAGUUCAAGCAGUACUUCAUUUGCAAAAGUAAAGCAAAGUUUGAUUAACGAUCACUCAUACGGCGGUUCAUUUGCCAGUAGUCAUCAAAAUAGCAAAUCCAAGAGUACUUAUGAAACGCAAAGUCUUAUAUAUCCCAAACAUAAGGUUCAGACGAGAUCUGGAAAUAAGAUUAGAUGCCAUAAAAUAAAUGGCAAAAAGAUUAAAAUUAUUAAAGCAAAUUCACCCAUUAGUAGUAAUAAUAAUAAUAAUAAUAGUUGUAAUUCAAUAGUUGGACCCAAAGAUACCAACAAUAGGAUACCAACAGUUCCCACAGUUCGCAUCAUUAGAAAUGACAAACAUUUCAUCAAAUCUAAGACAUGUUUAGAUAGUAAUAGUAAUAACUGUUCUAAAGAUAGUUCGGAACAAAAGAAUUGCAAGUUUUCGACCCGAAGAAAGGCAUCGACCGUAUCGUCGGAACGGAAAGUAAUGUUUGCUCAAAACAGUCAGUUUCUCAAAAGUAAAGUUAAUGACAGACUCAAAGAAAGUCAUUCCGAUGAUGAGGAAGAAGAAGAUAAUGAUAACGAUAAUGAUUCGAAUAGUGAAAAGACACCAAAAGUAGGUCCUUUGAGGAGAAGAGAACACAAUGAUUCCGAAAGAAAACGAAGAGAUCACUUGAGGAAUGCAUUUGUUAACCUUAAAGACCAGAUCCCAAAACUUAAGAGCGCAGAGAAAAGGCCGCCAAGAAUUAUGAUUUUACACGAAGCGACCACUUAUGUGAACCAUCUCAACGACAAACAAAGAUAUCUUGAAAGGACUCUUAACGCGGAAAUCGAAAAACGGGAACGACUUUUGAAGAUAUUGUCGAAUGAGAUAAAAACGGAAUCCAAUUAAGAUUAUAAUUAUUACUAUUGAUUAUUAUUAUAUUAUAUAUUAUAUCAAUUUAUAGGAAUAUGAAUUAUUAUUACAUAUAU